GAGUAUUUCUUCCAGUGUGUCUCUUGAUGGUCAGACUUGCAUAUCACAAUGACCCAACGAAUUAUGCUGACUGGAACACUUGCUCAUUCAAUAUCCUACCAUGCCAGAAUGGUCAGUUGGAUAGUGAUAUGACCGAAGGCAGUUCAUUAUUAUUUAUUAGAACACAAACAUGGUGCAGUAAGGGCACCAAGAAAUGGACUACGCAAAGUAAUAUAACAAGAUUAAGAAGACACAAAGAGAAGGGAAAAAUGAAUGGAAAGGAGUUACCAUUAUAUUUUAAAUUACUGCGCUUUGAUGGAGUCCAAGGGCGAAGUUGUACUCUUGGUUGGACAGGAGUGACACUAGUAAAGUGGGAGUUAGAAAAGGUCGGUCUCAAAAGGAAAACACUUCCCUUUACUCUAAAGCAUAAGGGUGCCGGCGAUAUGACUUCAUGGUCAGAUUCUAGGGAAGCAAAAAGAAACCUCAGGGUUUUUAAAAGGCCAUGUGUGACCGACCUUAAGCAGUUGUCUCAAGAGCUUCGGCAUCAUCCACUGACCCUUUAUUUAAAUGUGCCGCAAGAAGAACUAGCCUUUCAUGGUGUGGGCAACCGGGAAGUGCCUACUGUCAGAACACUUUCAGUACUAUACGAAGACAACACUGCAAAUUACCCCCUUUACCUUUGUUUUCUCCGUUGCUUUCACUUUCUGAUACCAAUAUGAAGCCUUUUACAACUUCCUAAACCUCUCACUCUGCGAUCAUUGCUAACGAUCGGAAAUAGGGAAAUACCAUCCCUAGUCUUCUAAGACUCCCUUUUCGAUUUCAUAUGGGAGUUCAAAACGUCAGAACUAUGUAUCAUAUAAGAUAGUAGACAUAACCCGCAAGAAACAAGGAAUCUUAAGCCAUGGAUGUAUGCUGUGUCUGUGUGAUAUGGAAGACCUCAUUGUGGCUUUUAACCUGGUCCUUUUGGUUAAUGUCCGAAAUUUACUUUACCGACGCAGGGAGAUUCGAUGGCUAGCUCUAGUGGACUUCCUAGUGUAGGCAUAACAUUAAGUUCUCGAACAGAAGGCCCACUACUCAACUGGAUAACAGCCAACACCCGUCUGUUUGCUGUCCAACUUAACGGAUCCGUAAGAACUAGUAGGGUUCAUGAAACUAGCCAACACCCAUUCGUAAUCUCCACCUCCACAUCCACUGAUUGCUAUUUGGAUGAUACAAUAGAUGAGUCCCAUCAAAAGCUGACAAGUUUGCCACAGAAUGUGAAACGUUCAGAUAUAGUCUAAUAGGAUGCGACUCCAACGCUCAAGUACGAAAGCUAAGCCAGUCAGGAAGGCAUCUUCGAAGUGUCUACGGAAUCCCAUUCCGACGAACCAACGGUAAUCGUUUCGUGUAAUUUCGUUCUGACUUGUUUCUAGCCAGAACUAACUGUAGGCAUGACAAGAGACUGUAUUCCUAUAGAUUGCUGUUUAUCAAUACUUUAACUGAUUUACCCUGUUUGUCAAUAAGUCGAUAUUUCUAUACAAAACUACUACUUUAUUUGUUCCAUCGGAAAUACUUUUAGUUUCACUAUGUAGUCAAUUUUUA